AUGAAAGUUUGUCAAAUUUGUUUUACAAAUGAAUCAUUUAUAACUCCUUGCAAUUGCUAAAAUUGUAUUCCUUGUUUAAUAAAUUGGUUUGGAAUUAAAAACAAUGAAACCUAAAUAAUUAAUUUCAAUUGUCCUAACUAACAUUGCUCUUAUAACUACUCAAGAUAAGAACUCUAAAAUAUUUGUAAAUAUCCACUUUAUGAAUAAUAACUCUCUGAAAUCUUACUAAAAGAGUAUUUAAAAAAUUAAGACAUCAGACCAUGUCCUAAUGGUAAAUGUAGGAAUUUCGGAUUUAUUGAUUUAAAUUCAAGAUGUGAUUAAUUAUUGUAAUGUACAUCAUGUUAGACUAAAUGGUUGGAUUUAUCAAUAUCAUCUUAGGUAGUUCAGUUAGAAUAUGGGUUUUCAAAUAUGUAUUUUAAUAUCAAGGAUUUCAUAUAUUGUUUUUUAUUUACCAAUGAAUGUCCUCAAUGUGGAGUUUAAAUUUAAAGAAAUGGAGGUUGUCAACACAUGACAUGUAAAGCUUGUCAACAUUAAUUUUGUUGGUACUGUAAAUCAAGAUGGAACGGACAUAUGUUAAGACUUUGUAGUUUUUCAUAUGCAACAAAAAUGGGUAUUUUUAGUUAUAUGAUAAUGUCACUCUUAUAAACAAUUGGAUUUUUAAAUUCAGUCUUGUUUUUAUUCUCAUUACCAUUUAAAUGGUUUACCUUUGUUAUAUUAGCAAAUUCAAUUCCAUUCGGAUUUGUAGUUGGAAUAGUUUAUUUUUGUUAUGGAUUUUCUCACUUAUAUUAUUAAAUAUAUAAAAAAGGGACUUUAGAAGUUAUUAUAUCUUCUGUCUCACUUUUCAUUUGGUAUCAUUUACAUUGUUUAAUUGCUGAAAUUUUUGAAUUAUCUAUUUAAAUAUACAUAAGUGCAGUGAUGUGGGAAGGUAUAAUUGCUGUUGUUAUUGUAUGUUAUUUGUUUAGACAAUAAUUAACUUGGAUUGUAUUUCCUAUCUCUGCAAUGUCUCUACUUUACUACUUUGGAUUGAAUGGAUUAUGUCUAUUAUGUUGGGGAUUACCAAUUAUGAAAAAGUAGUUUGCAAAUAACAAAUACUUGUUUUAAUUUGCAGGAUAUUUGCUAUUUUUUAUAUUAAAUAUCUUUAAUUUAUAGGAAUAAAUUUCAUAAAAUAAGAUAAGUUACAUAUUUGUUUUGAACUUAGUUUAUAUUUUGUAUAUCGAGAAAUCAAGAAUAUUUGAUUAAAUCAGUUUUUUUUGA